GCUUUUUUUUUUUUCUUAAAACAACCACCACAACAAAAACUAUGUGCUGCUGUUGAACAACAAAACAAGAAACCAAAAGACAAGAAACCAAAAGCUCACCAGCAGCAGCCGCCGCGGACUGGGGCCCGCCCGGAGUGCAUGAACCUCUCCAUGAGAGAUCCGGUGAUCCCUGGGACCAGCAUGGCCUACCACCCUUUUCUGCCUCACCGGGCGCCGGACUUCGCCAUGAGCGCGGUGCUGGGGCACCAGCCGCCCUUCUUCCCCGCGCUCACGCUGCCGCCCACCGGCGCCGCGGCGCUCUCGCUGCCCGGCGCGCUGGCCAAGCCCAUCAUGGAUCAGUUGGUAGGGGCGGCCGAGACCGGCAUCCCCUUCUCGUCCCUGGGGCCACAGGCGCACCUGAGGCCUCUCAAGACCAUGGAGCCCGAAGAGGAGGUGGAAGACGACCCCAAGGUGCACCUGGAGGCCAAAGAGCUCUGGGAUCAGUUCCACAAGCGGGGCACCGAGAUGGUCAUUACCAAGUCGGGAAGGCGAAUGUUUCCUCCAUUUAAAGUGAGAUGUUCAGGACUCGAUAAAAAAGCCAAAUACAUUUUGCUGAUGGAUAUUAUAGCUGCAGAUGACUGCCGAUAUAAAUUCCACAAUUCGCGGUGGAUGGUGGCAGGCAAGGCCGACCCGGAGAUGCCCAAAAGGAUGUACAUUCAUCCGGACAGUCCUGCCACCGGAGAGCAGUGGAUGUCCAAAGUGGUUACCUUUCACAAACUGAAACUCACCAACAACAUCUCGGACAAGCAUGGAUUUACUUUGGCCUUCCCAAGCGAUCACGCAACGUGGCAGGGGAAUUAUAGUUUUGGUACUCAGACCAUACUGAACUCCAUGCACAAAUACCAGCCGCGGUUCCACAUCGUAAGAGCCAAUGACAUCCUGAAACUCCCUUAUAGUACAUUUCGGACGUACUUGUUUCCCGAAACCGAGUUCAUCGCCGUGACUGCAUACCAGAACGAUAAGAUAACUCAGUUAAAAAUAGACAAUAACCCUUUCGCAAAAGGUUUCCGGGACACUGGAAAUGGGCGGAGAGAAAAAAGGAAGCAGCUCACCCUGCAGUCCAUGCGGGUGUUUGAUGAAAGACACAAAAAAGAGAACGGGACCUCGGAUGAGUCCUCCAGUGAACAGGCCGCCUUCAGCUGCUUCGCUCAAGCCUCUUCUCCCGCCGUCUCCACGGUGGGGACCUCGAACCUCAAAGAUCUGUGUCCCAGCGAGGGGGAGAGCGACGCUGAGGCCGAGAGCAAAGAGGACCACGGCCCCGAGGCCUGCGAAGCAGCCAGGAUCUCCACCACCACGUCGGAGGAGCCGGGCCGCGACAAGGGCAGCCCCGGGGGCAAGGCGCACCUCUUCGCUGCAGAGGCGGCCGGCCGGCCCCGGGACAGCGGGCGGCCCGACAAGGCAUCGCCCGACUCGCGCCACAGCCCGGCCACCAUCUCGUCCAGCACCCGCGGCCUGGGCGCCGAGGAGCGCCGCAGCCCGGGCCGCGACGGCGCGGCCACGUCCAAGCUGGAGGAGGCGCGCGCGCCGCCGGGCAAGGAGGUCUUCGCGCCGCUCUCCGUGCAGACGGACGCGGCCGCCGCGCACCUGGCCCAAGGCCCGCUGCCCGGCCUCGGCUUCGCCCCGGGCCUCGCCGGCCAGCAGUUCUUCAACGGGCACCCGCUCUUCCUGCACCCCGGCCAGUUCGCCAUGGGUGGCGCCUUCUCCAGUAUGGCGGCUGGCAUGGGGCCCCUGCUGGCCACCGUGUCCGGGGCCUCCACCGGCGUCUCGGGCUUGGAUUCCACCGCCAUGGCCUCGGCGGCCGCGGCGCAGGGGCUGUCCGGGGCCUCGGCCGCCACCCUGCCCUUCCACCUCCAGCAGCACGUCUUGGCUUCCCAGGGCCUGGCCAUGGCGCCGUUCGGAAGCCUGUUCCCUUAUCCGUACACGUACAUGGCGGCGGCGGCGGCUUCCAGCUCGGUGCACCGCCACCCCUUCCUCAACCUGAACAGCAUGCGCCCGCGGCUGCGCUACAGCCCCUACUCCAUCCCCGUGCCGGUCCCCGACAGCAGCGGCCUGCUCAGCACCGCGCUGCCGUCUAUGGCCGCGGCCGCGGGGCCCCUGGACGCCAAAGCCGCCGCCCUGGCCGCCAGCCCGGCCUCGGGGGCCGUGGAUUCGGGCUCGGAACUGAACAGCCGCUCCUCCACGCUGUCGUCCAGCUCCGUGUCCUUGUCGCCCAAGCUGUGCGCCGACAAGGAGGCGGCCACCAGCGAACUUCAGAGCAUCCAGCGGCUGGUCAGCGGCCUGGAGGCCAAGCCCGACCGGUCCCGCAGCUCGUCCCCCUAGAGCCCCGCGCCCCGGAUUCUGCCCAUUCCAGUCCAGUCCAGUCUGCCGUGCACUUUGUGGGAUGGCCAAGAAGCCAGCGGGCCUGCGGCGGCGCGCGGGGGAGAGGGGAGGGUGUAGCCGUCCCCUUCGGCGGUCAUAGGGGCCAGGGGUGCCGGCCUCCCUGGACAGAACGUUCUAGAGCCAGGCCUUGGCGCCUUGGCUUCUUAGCAAUGCUUCUGUAUCCUGGAUCUAGCCCCAGAGCCGCGGGUGGGUGGGGGUGGGGGAGCUCCGAAGCGCGCCUGUGGUCUCGAGUUGUUGGGGGGUGGGAGUGGAAACAUUUAAGUCCCAGGCAACUUGCAGCCAGGCCCACCGGGAGGGGCAGGAGGUGCGGAGAGCCUCCUGGUCCCUGUGGAUUUAUAUAUAUAUAUAUAUAUUUUUUUUUUCCUUCGCUGUGUCAAGUGGAAACAAAAAGCAAAUUUUUUGUUUUUUGUUUUUUAAAAGAAGGGGACAAAUGCAUACACGAACGCGAUUCUGUGUGUGAAGAUGAGUAACUUCAGCGACUCUCCUGGGGUCCCUGAGGGAGCACCGCGGGGCACCCAGGGGUGUCACUGCCAUCCUAGCUUAGUGUCUAGUAAGGACGUCUGUCUUUUGAAUACUCCUGUGAUGUUUGAAGAGCCGCUAUAGGUCUCUUGCAUGUUCCCCAGUCAUGUAUUUGUGGUUUUUAUUUUGAACUCUGAGCUUUUAGGGGAGAAACAUCAUCCCACCCCCUUCCCCCCAAGCCUGCACCCCCAGGGAGGAGAGGGGUGGGACAACAGAAAAAAGUAUGGAUUUAUUUUCUCUAAUUAAUCUCUGUAGCAGGAUUCCUGUUGUGUUUCUUUGACAGUUUUCUCUUUCCUGUAUAUGCAAUAACAAGGUUUUAAAAAAAUAAAGAAGGAGCGAGACUAUUAGACAAAGUAUUUAUGUAAUUAUUUGAUAACCCUUGUAAAUAGGUGGAAUAUGAAUGCUUGGAAAAUGAAAACUUUAAUUUAUUGACAUUGUUGUAUAAAGCUCUGUAAAUAGGCCCGCACCUGUAAGGUUUUGUGUUGUUUCUCCUCGCCGGUUUUAUCUCCAAAUCACAGAAUUCGCUGUUAACACCCGAAAAAACACACUGUGCACCAACACCUACACACUUGUCUGCAACAUGGGUUUUUUUUUUUUUUCUGAUCUCUUUUGUUUUUAAAGUCCAAGAUUGUGGGGGGGGGGCAGAGUGCUAUUUCCUAUUUUAGCCAAAAUCGGGGAGGGGGUGUGCCCCUUCCAGAAUCCACUUGAAAUUCCUGAAAAUACAACACCCCAACGUGGUUCUGAAAUUGCUGUGGCCCCAGGGGUGGGUGGAAGGGACUGUGGUUUGACUUGUAAUUUUUUUUCUUUUGUAUUUCUAUUUGCUAGUGUCUGGAAUUCUCUGAUGGUGUUUUGAGUUAGUGCCUAUAGCGCUGCCUUCACAGUCCAAAAGUCAGGUGCUCAGAGGAGCUUACAGAAGGUGUAUUUUGUGUUAUAGCUGUUGAUGAGUUCUUUGGUUUUCUGUAUCCCCCCCCUUCUCUCUUUAAAACAUCACUGAAAUUUCAAUAAAUUUUUAUUGAAAUGUC